CUCUAGGAAUUACGAAUUACCCCAAGCGCCUACAAGACAUAAGAUGGUCUCAAUUAUCCUCGUGGCAGUCGGGUCCGGUUGUAGUUGAAGUAGUCGUAGAGUUUUUGAAACCUUCUGUCUAAAAUGCAAAUGUAAAAAAGCAGGUCGGAAGAACUACAGUAAACCUGCUGCUGCUUUUUCCGUGCCUCGAUCAUGGCUUUCAAAGUUACUUCACAUGGGCUUGUGUGGUCCUCUGUAUGCCCUGUUUUGCUCUUUCUCCUUCGCAGCCCAUUAACGAUUUACAUUCUAACGCAACCACAUUUUUUCGCAUCCGCCGUCAAAUUAGAUCUCAAGUCUUAUCAUGAUGAUGCCGCGUCCAGCAUACAAAAAAGCAGCGAGGGAGGUCCAGAACAAGGGGUGAACCGUGGGCCCCUUUUCGAAGAACAACAUCAAAGUCUACAGCAGGAACCACGACCGGCGUUGGUGAAAGUAGAAAUCAGGAGUGCGCUUUCCGGGAAUUUGCACGGGAGUUACGUGGUUCCGCUUCGCACGACGGUCGCAGGCUUGGUCAUGCUGGCAUUUCCUAAAGAGGACAAUAACAACUUCUACGCCGUAGAUUUGAUACUUGAUGCAGAAGACAAUAUGCAUCGCCGCCUUUCCGAAUCUCAUCGUAUCGAAUCUCGGCCUCAGAAUCCCGGGGAAGUACAUGUUCCUCUUGCUACUCCACCGCAACUUCCAAGUUCUGCGACCGCACGGACGCUCUUCACGGAGCAAUGGCUCGGCGAUCUCGUAGGGGGGGCGUCGUGCUCCGUCGAGAGGGGUGUCGAGGUCGGGCUAGUGCACGGCACAAAGUCUGAAGAGGAAGCAGCUGAAUGUGAAAUCAAACGGAGCCCGACCGAGCAGAAUGGUGAAGAUUCUCCCCCUGCUGCCAUCUUCCGAACCACCUAUAAUCUGAAGCUGAAGUUUUUGCGCAACUCGUCCGUCGACGCCGUUACCGUAAAGCGUUUUCUUGAGGGGGACUUGUCGCCGCUGAGUCGAAACUCUUGUCUCUGGCGCAACAAAAACGCGAUGCUGCUUCUGCUCGACGGUCUUCGGGGGCAGGGGUUCCGGCAAGCGGAGCUCGCCGGGCAAACACCGAUCAGAGAGCUCAUGGAAAGUGACCCGGCCUUCGAAAGUGCCGUAAGACGACGACUGACCUCCUCCCCCGGAGCUUGACGCGACGGAAAGCUCGAUACGAUCACGAGGACUUGAUGAUGCGGAGCUGGGGGCAAGUCAAGGAUUCGCUCUCGGUUUGAAGAAACUCGUUCUAUUGAUGCUAGCUACCUACGAAAAAGGCCCUGCUGUUGAGUCAAAACAGGGGGAAAAUACUGAGUAAAUUUGUAAGGAUCUGUGGCUGAUGAAAAACGCUAACCGUAAAGCAAACAAGAAAGUCAAAACCCUUAUCAAACCUGCAGUGCACGUUACAUCCGCGUGUCUGGUACAUGUUAUGUCCCUGUCUUUGGAUAAAACGAACGAGAGAUAUACAGGAUUCAGUUCGACAUUUUUUCG